AAAAAUCCCCGCGAGGAUCCUCGUUCCCGCCAUUCGCAGGGAUGGGGACGGGGAGGCACUCCCUGGCCCCGCGGGGCCUCGUUGACAUCCCUAGUUCCAAGGAACCCAAGCGCUUGGUUCAAUGGAACCCAGGCACGAGUUCUUUCGAACCCAGCGAUUGGGUUCCUUUGAACCUAGUCACUGGGUUCAAAAGAACCCGUGCCUGGGUUCCAUCGAACCUAGUGCUUGGGUUCCUUGGAACCCCAAUGCUUGGGUUCAAAAGAACCCGUGCUUGGGUUCCAACAAUUCUUGUGCUUCAGUAUAUUCUAUUGUUCCCCCCUUUCCUUUUAAGAUUCUUGUGCUUCAGUAUAUUCUAUCUGGGUUUUUAAUAGAUCUUGCUUUUGUGUUUAGUGAGUUUUAUAUGGGUUUUGUGUUUGUUUGCGGGGUGUUUGUUAUUGAAUUGAAAACUCAUGAGAGAAGGAUGGUUGGUGUUUUUGGCUUGAUUUGAUGUUGUUGAUUUAUAUUAUGUUUUAAUCUUGCUAUGGUUUGUGGUCUGGAUUUUUCUUUUUCUUUUUCUUUUUUCAAUUGCUUGUCUUGCUUUCUGCUUUCUUGGAACCCCAAGGCUUGGGUUCGAAAGAACCUGUGCCUGGGUUCCAAGGAACCCAAGCGUUGGGGUUCAAAGGAACCCAGGCGUUGGGUUCCUUCGAACCCAGUGGUAGAAAAUUAAAAAAAUUUCUUUUUU